GUGUAUUUCUGAUAUCCAGAGAAAGAUAACAGAAUAAAAUCUAAUUUUCUUCUCUGAUUACUCCUCCUAUAAUUGCUAGCUCAAACAUUACUUGCAGUUUCACUAAGACAUUUAGAAAACAUUAACAAAAAGGAAUAAAGUUUAAGAGUGAUAGUUUCUAAUUAUUAUUAUUAUUAUUAUUAUUAUUAUUCUUAUUAUAGUAAUUCUUUUGAUCUUUGGUUGUGGCUGUAUUUGUUCAUAGCAGAAGCGCCAGGAAAAUUAGGGAGGAAAAAUGAAAUUAAACAACCAAAGGGGCAGAGGAGAAGUGAGAAGAUGUACAGAUUACUGUAAUCUAAGCGUAGUAUUUACUAUACCCUCGGGAGCAAAAUUUCAAUGAAACCCAACUUUUUAAGAGGGCAAACCAGGAAAAUUUAUGCGAUUAAGACAACCUCAGUCCUACUCACCCACACGUUGAAGUUGUUUUACAUCUUCUCAACAGCACAAAAAGUUAAUUUUGUUUUUGAAACGUUGUUGAUGUAGUAAGUGGGUUUUGAAAGACUCAUUGACAGAUGUGUUCCGACUCUGCUGCAUGCCUUCCAUUUUUCAUAUAACCCUCUUUUUUCUGUCUCUUUCUCUCACUCGUCCUUAGUACUGGCGUCACCUUUUCGGGUCCUAUUGCACUUCCGUUUUUACCUUUGCUCUCUGUUGAUUUCGUUUGGGUUUCAAAAUUGCAGUGCUCUUCUUGUUCUGUAUGUGCUGUGAGAAAACGGAAUGGGUGCCUUAUCUCGUGCUUCUCUUUCUGAAGAGGAACGCAACAAAAGACUUGUUGAAGUUGGGAAUGAGCUGCUUCAGCAGCUCCCUUCUUCUAAAGAGGAGCUUCUGGAGAAACUUGAUAUUGUCCACCAGAUGCAAGUUGGGACAAUCUUCCAUCUCUCUUUGUGUCCUGAAAGGUUACCAUCUCUGUUCCAACAAGCUAGAACUUCCUCGAUUCUCCUUGGCAUGGUCCACCUCGUGUGGGUGUAUCUCCUCCUUGAGCAAAAGAAUUUAGAGCAUCUUCUGUCAACGGUGGAGCAAGUUCCACCUGCAUCGGUGCGAGAUGCGUUUCAACCUGCAAGGGAAGCACUAGCUGCAGAUGGACUUCUACGGCAUCCUGACAUAGAUGUGAAGGUGUCAGUUGCAUCUUGCAUCAGUGAGAUCAUGAGAAUUACAGCUCCAGAUCAACCUUAUGAUGAUCGCAUAAUUCAGGAAUUUUUUGAGCUUUCAGUAUUGGCAUUUGGGAAAUUGUCUUGCAUUGAUGGUUGUGGUUAUUCAAAGGCUGUUUCAAUUAUCGAAGUUCUUGCUAAGUACCGAACAUGCAUUCUGAUGUUGGAUCUCGAGUUAGACGCAUUGGUUGUUCAGAUGUUUCAACAUUUUCUGAAUAGCAUAAGGCCGGACCACCCUGAUCAUGUAUUCAUGGACAUCGAGGAAAUAAUGAGCAUGAUGAUAAAAGAGAGUGACGAAAUUUCAAUGGAGCUUCUGAACAUCCUGAUAAGUAGUGUUAAGAAGGAAAACCAGAAUGUUUCACCUCGCUCCUAUAUGCUAGGAGAGAGAGUUCUUCAAAUAAGUUCUGUCAAACUUUGUCCAUAUCUUCCAGAAGUGAGCAUUUCCACUGAUGAUUAUUCUGAAGUUGUUGAAUUGAUAUGGAAAGAGGCAACUAAAAGUAAAACUACGAAUGGUACAAAGUCUCUCCCUAGUUCUAGGCCAGGAGAAAUUGAUCAAUUUGUGGAUGGAGCAUCAAAAUCACGAGUGGAAAAUGGUCCUGAAGAGCGUUAUCAUAAAGCUGCUUGCUUUGAUGACGCCUGGCCAUCCACGGAAGAAACUUCCAAGUGUCUUCCAGAUGCUGACUCUAAAGUUAUUUCAGCUGAUGACACUGUUGUAUUAUUUGAGCGAUCUGCAGAGGAUUUCUUUAAGACACCGGUCAAUAAUGACUCAAAAGAGCUUACCCGCGGAGCUGGUUAUGAUAGCAAAGUUGGUCCAUCCGUACCUGGAUCUUCCAAGUCACCUACAAAUGACGACUCUAGUGAGCUUGUUGCACCACAUGGUGCACCUGAGAAAGUUACUCCAUUCUUAGAUCAACCAUCUGACUUGCUGGGGAAAUAUGACCCUGAGCAUAAGGAAGAUGACGUCGUUCCAGAGAUGGAUACAUCUUUGAAAGGAUCACAAUGUGGAGAUGCAACAAAGCAGCAGAAAAAUACAGAUUCAAGGACCAAUUCUCGACCUGAAAACUUAGGUUUCAUACAUGCAGCUGAAAAAGAUCUAGAUUCAGAAGCUACUCAAGCUUCAAGGAAAAGAGGUUGGAAACCUAAUUUUUUGAAAAAGCCUGAGGAAGGAUAUGAUCAUGUUUGGUUAAGUGGAGAAAGGAGAUCAAAAGCCUGUAUUCGCUGGAAGGAUUAUGCGAAAGAUACUAAAAAGAGAAGUAGAUGUUCACCUAAAUGUGCUAUCUCCGAUGAAUUGUACUUGUCAUCUGGUGUGGAGAAGAAUCUGAAAAUGACUAUAAAAAGACGCCAAAAGGAGCAAAAUGACAUAAUAGGUCAGAAUGAUGGUGCACAAAUUUCAUCAAUUUCAGCAAGAAAUUUACCCGGAGUUUUAACAAAGAAGAAAGUCUCACAAUCUACAUUGAUUGCUUCAGAAGAAUUUGUUGUCUUGGAGGCAUUAGAAAAGAAACAUGAAAAAGGUGACAAGAAAAAUUUACCUGCCAGCUAUCGUGAUAGAAGACGGCGGUCAUCAGUUAAAGAAUCAGGAAUUGAGGCAUUGGCUUCUCUCUCGAUCACCAGCAAGAGCAACUUUGCCAAUACCUCUAAAGGUCAACGUAAGAAGGAGAACUCAUCAUCACAAGAAGAGGCAUUGGGUUCUCUCUCAAUCACCAAAGAAAGCAACUUUUCCAAAACCUCUAAAGAACAACAUAAAAGGAAGAACUCGCCAUCACAAGAAGAGACAUUGGAUUCUGUUUCAAUAACCAAGAAAAGGACCUUACCGAAAGCCUCUAAAGAACAACGUAAAAGGAAGAACUUGCCAUCACAAGAAGAGGAUUCUGCGGAUAAGGUUGUCAGAGAGCACGGUGAGGAGCUGAUUGGCUGCAGAAUAAGGGUUUGGUGGCCACUGGAUCAAAGGUUCUAUGAAGGACAUAUCGCCUUGUUUGACCGUUCAGAGAAGAAGCAUAUGGUGAUCUAUGAUGAUGGUGAGGAAGAAACGCUAGAUCUUACAAGUGAACGCUGGGAACUGGUUGUAGAGGACAAUGCAUCAGAUCCUAGGCGAGAGAUUGUUUCUGGUCCCAGUGAUUCGUUUGACAUGCGCCUUGGUUGCAUCAUUGAUUCAUAUCGUCAUUUAAGGAAAAAGAAGAAGGGGAAAGCAACUGAUGAUCUGACUCCUCGUCCAACAAAGACCAUGCAACGUGAUUUAACUCAAAAAGGAAUGCACCAAAUUAAAAGGAUCAAAGUUGAAGUUUCAGAAUCUGAGAUAGAGGGAAAUCCAAUGAGCUUGACAACACCUAGAAAGGUUUCCCCAGGUUCUCCUAUCGAAGAUGGUGAUGAAUGCUGUGAAUUGGUUGAUGUGCAUGGCUAUAAAGUAAAAGUGAGCAGUGCUCCUACACUUGCUGCCAUUUUUAGCAAGUAUGGUGACAUUACAGCCAACUGUCAGUAUAAAUCACCGACUGUCAAAGCUUCCCUUCUUGAGGUGGUUAGUGAUGUUGUCAGGCGGCUGAAAACCAGUGAUAUUGAUACUAAUUUUUCUGCCAUUCAAGAUAUGAAAUCUGUAGUCUCUGAUGCUGCAGAUGCAAAGCUUGAUGUUUCUUGGCUGCAGCAGUAUCUUGAGGAGAUAUCCGAAGAGGAAGAUGUGAAGAAAAAGUCUUCCAAUCUAAUGGAGUUAAGGGUGACUACAAUGCUUGCCACUAAAGCAGCUAAAAAGGACUUGGUAGAAAGGAAUGGGGAGGUCUUAGCAGCAGAGAAACGGCUCAAAAAGGCUGAAAGGCGCUUGCAAGAGGCGCAAAGCCGAGCAGGAGAGGCAGAAAGGUUUGUCAAAGUAUUUGAAAUACUGGGUGAAAAGGUUCAGCAGGACAUCGAGCAGUGUAAGGAUGCACUAUAUUGGCAGAGUAGGUCGAAUGACCUUCUGUAGCCUGCAUGAAGCUGGGAAGAUGGCAGAUGGUUGAGACUUGUUUUGUACAUGAUGGUGACAUUUAUCUCAUUGCAAACUUUCGCAUUUUGUGCAGUUUCAAGUUUGUCAUAAAACAAAAAACUGGACUUGGUUUUUGUAUGUAAUGCGAUAUGUGCAUGAUUGGAAAUGAU